AUGUCUAAUUUAUUGAAAACUGCUCUAGUCACAGGUGCUGCACAAGGUAUUGGGAAAUCAAUCGCUUUACAAUUAGCAAAAGACGGUUAUCAAGUUGCCAUUACAGAUUUACCAUUUCAAAAGGAGAAAGCCCUUGAAACUGUUAAAUUGAUUGAAAAAAUUGGUUCAAAUUCAAUCUUUAUACCAACUGAUUCAAGUAAAAGAGAUCAAGUGUUCCAAGCUGUUGAUACAACUUUUAAUAAAUUGGGUGGAUUCAAUACAAUUAUUAAUAAUGCAGGAAUUGCACAAAUCUCUCCAAUUGUGGAUAUUCAACCUGAUGAAUUAUCAAAAAUUUCUGAUAUUAAUAUAGGUGGAACAAUUUGGGGGAUACAAGCUGCUGUUAAAAAAUUUGAAGAAUUAAAUCAACCAGGAAAAAUCAUUAAUGCAGGUUCAAUUGCAUCUCAUCAAGGGUUUGGAGUCUUGGGUUUAUAUUCUGCUUCAAAAUUCGCUGUAAGAGCUAUAACUCAAGCUGCUGCUAAAGAAUUAGCUUCAAGACAAAUCACAGUGAAUGCUUAUUGUCCUGGUAUCGUAUUAACUCCAAUGUGGGAUUUAAUUGAUGCUAAAAUGGGUGAAUAUACUGGUGUACCAAAAGGUGAAACUUUGAAAAAAUAUAUUGAAGGGAUUGCAUUAGGUAGAGGUGAAGAACCACAAGAUGUUGCUAAUUUGGUUAGUUUUUUGGCUAGUGAAAAGGCAAAUUAUAUUACUGGUCAAUCUUAUUUAGUUGAUGGUGGAUUAGUUUAUAAUUGA